GUAAGAUUUCAAUGUUUAGAUAUUCACGAAAGCAAGUUCGUUAUAAAGCGAUAUUAUUGUAAAAAAAAUCUUUAUUAAUUAGGAUUUCCUACAAAAUAUACAUUAAGUUUGCUUAAUGGAUGAAAAUGAAAUUAAACGCUGUGAAAAUAUUAGGGAUGAUUCCGUUACUGAUACGGAUGCAGUACAUUACCAUUUUCGCCAAACAUAUCCUGUUGAAAUUGUUUUGUGCCUUAGUUGCAAUAGAAAAUUUGAAUCAAGGUCAAUGGUUGAAAUAUUCGAACAUUAUUACUAUAUAAAGCAUUCAAAAAGUUGUGGGGAUUGCCUCUAUUGUAGUGGAAAUGUAUUUGAAUACAAAAUAUCAGGUGAGGUAAAAAAAUUCCACAACUGCAGCCGUUCAAAAAGAGGUUUAGAGUAACAACAAAUAAAAUAAUUAUCACGAGGCUGAUAAGUUGAAUCUUGCAAAUAGAUAUAUAUUUUAGACUGAGUUACUAUAGUAUAUUAUCUUCCAUUGUUAAAUUAUUUAUACAUUUAUUUAAAGUGAUGUUUUUGAUAUUAUGUGUGUAUCUUCACAUUGGGUGUUUCAGAAUCAGGAAAUUUCUAUAAAACUGGUAAUAAAGCUUUAUAUGCAAUCAAAUAUGUCUAUUUUAAAUUUCAAGAAAGUAUUUAUUUCCAUUUUUUAUCUAAAUAAUUUUUG